UACACACACACCAAAUUUGCAGUCCAAACCUGUGUUUUGUCUAGAAGAUGGAGGUAUAUAUGGAACUCUAUACCCACUCUAACCCUCUCAUCACUUCUAUAUAAUGCUCCCAAUCUAUUUACAGAUUUCGGGGAUCAGGUACUUUUGCUUCAUGAUUUUACUGAAAUUGAAAAAAUUAUAUUCGAUGUUCAAACAGAGUGUAAUCUACAGAGCCGUCUAAAUACCUGGAUUGUUGCUGCUUUAAAGCUUAAUGUUAAAGAUUUAUUUAUAGGCUUCAUUCUUGACCAGUUUCAGUUUUCUCAUCGACUCUUUAAGUGUAACCCAAGGGCUUUAGUUUUGAUAAAGUAUGGUGGUGGAUGCACACCCAUAGUUCUACCUGGUUCCAUUCACCUACCCCAUCUUAAAUCUCUUAGAAUUCAAUCAUUUUUAUUUGAUAAUCAAGAGUUAACUAAUGAGUUCUUCUCAAGCUGUCCUCUUCUUGAAUCUCUGGUCUCGCAUUUUUGCAAAUUUCCUAAUUUGAAUGUUAGAAUUUCUAGUCCUAAUCUCAAGCACAUUGAAAUCUUAAAAGCGGCAGAGAUUUCUACAAAUGGUCUUCAUUCCGACAAUGGCAAGGUCACAAUAUGUACUCCAAAUCUCUCAUCCUUUAAGACCAACGAUUACAUGUCAACAGAUUACUCUCUGCAGAACUUAUCUUCUUUAGUCAUUGCGGAUAUUUCAGUCACAAGUGUCCGGAAAUAUGAGGAUGCACCGCCAGAAUCGGGGCUUCCUGUAGAGGUCAAAGAAUUGUUUGCUCAACGGACGAUCCAGUUCCUAAGAGCGGUUCACAAUGUCAAAGAUCUUUGGUUGUCGUAUUUGUCUCUUGAGUUUGCCUCCUGUGCUCUUGGGAAAUUAGAUGGAAAGCUUCCCCUGUAUCACAAUCUUAAACGUAUGAAGCUGCAGACAAGCCUUUCAACAGACUCCUUAAGUGCAAUAGCAUAUCUUCUGAACAUUACACCAAAUAUAGAAUCUAUGGACAUACACAUAAUGCAGCAUGACAUUGCACGUACAAAAGAGAAGUUCUUUCACAAGCCUGCAGUGUGCGCAUAUAUUGAUCAGGUGAAUUCAGCAGAUGUACAGUCUUAUUGCCAAACAAAGUUGUCAUUGCCUAGCAUGUUAUAUAGCCUCAACCUCAAGUAUGUUAAGAUUUUCGGCGCUCAAGGACUUGUUAGUGAGCUUAUCCUAUUAGCACUUCUGUUGAAGAAUUCUGUGGCCUUAGAGCAGGCGGUUGUUGAAAGCUGCACACGCCGUGAGUCAAACCCAGAUCUUAGCAAGAGACGGAUGAAAAAAUUCAGUGAAAUGCUGUUAAAACUCCCAAGAGCUGCUGCAACUAUCUCAAUCUUAUUCAAUAACUACCAAAUUUGAAUGAUGGUAUGUAUACCUUUUUAUUACUCGAUUUCUUUUUAUAGAUUUUGAUGAAAGGUGAUUGGUCUAGUAAAGAGAGUGGUCUGACUUGUUAAGAGUGGACUAAUAUGACUUGAUGAGUUUUUGUGAGAAUCUCCCAAUUUUCUUAA